GGAUAGUGAACUCGACGCAGGAAGACGAAGCGGAGUACCAGUGCCAAGUGGGGCCCGCGCAGAUGCAUAAGGUCAUAAGGGCCAACGCGUCACUCACUGUUAUAGCACCCCCCACCUCAGUGGAGAUCACAAACCACCCCAACCCCAAGCUGGAAGUCAAAGAAGGAGAAGAUGUGGUGCUAGAGUGCCAGGCGAAGAACGCCAAGCCUGCUGCUAGGAUCGUGUGGUAUCGGGGCAAUGUGGAGCUGAAAGGGGAUAAAGUGUCUAAAGAGGAAAUCAGAGAUGUCGAAAGCCAGAAUGGAAAGCCGAAGUCUACGAGAUAUACUACUAUAUCGAGGGUCCAUUUCAAAGCGACAGCGGACGACGACUACGCAGAUUUCACAUGCGAAGCUCGACACGAGGCGUUGCAACGGGAUUCGCCUUUACGAAGCACUGUGCAACUUAGUGUGCUGUAUCCCCCUGGAGCCCCGUACAUCGAAGGUUACGCGGAAGGCGAGACAGUCAGACGAGGACAGAGCUUGGAGCUGGUCUGCAGGAGCCGUGGAGGGAACCCACCAGCUCAGCUCAUCUGGUAUAAGAACGGAGAACAGAUACGGAUGGCGUACAGAACCAGUGGCCGUAUGUCCGAAAACAUCUACUCGUUCAAAGCAGACGCCUCCGACAAUAAGGCUCGGUAUACAUGUGAGGCGAAAAACGUCAUGAUCAGCAACACUUUGAAGGCUGAAAUCGAUCUUACUGUCCUAUUCGCCCCAGCCCACGUCACCAUCGCCGGCCCCACAGAAGCCAGGGUAGGGGAUCCGGUACCCUUAACCUGCAGCACGGCCCCUUCCAACCCUGCCGCUGACAUUAAGUGGCUGGUGCUAGGCAAGCACCAUAAGGAAGCUAGCAAUCGCACUGUUAUAUCGCCUGAAGGUGGCUGGAUCACAACGUCGAACAUAACAGUGACAGUGGAAAGAGACAGACGUUCCAUCGUCGUCGUCUGUCACGGUAUCAACGCGCAGCUGACCGAAAACGUCGUCGCUACUCACACUAUCAACGUGCUAUACGCCCCCUCAGCACCAAUGAUCACAGGCUACAUCCCAGGCACCACGCUGCAGGCCGGAACGGUGCAGAAGCUAGCCUGCAUGUCUACUGGCGGCAAUCCCCUGGCUACGCUUACUUGGUUCAAAAACGAUAAGAAGAUCCCUCAUACCAUAACCCGCACUGCAGACAAGUCUGUCAGCGCUGAGAUUUCCAUUCUGGCCAACGUUACUGAUAAUCAAGCUCAGUACCGUUGUGAGGCUACUAACAGCGCCACGGAGAUACCACUGUUCGAAACCGUUACUUUGAAUGUGCAUUUCGCUCCAGAAACCGUGAAAGUGACUACGGAACCCAGCGAACUCAAACCCGGAAUCGAAGCCACAUUAUCUUGCAAAUCGGCCGCUAGCAAUCCGCCAGCAACACUGUCUUGGUGGCGAGAUGGCAUACCCGUGCAAGGUCUCCCAAUGAAGAUGAAUCAAGGCCUAUACGGCGGGACGCUAUCAACCAUGGAACUCAAACUGAACGUCACUAAGGACAUGAACGGAGCUGUAUAUACAUGCCAGGCGAUGAACGAAGCCUUGCAGAGGAGCGUACACGAUGCUACGGCGUUGAAAGUGUUAUACGCGCCAAUCUUCGAUGAGAAUACUCCCCCUACUACAGUGGGCGUUGAGAACGAACCUCUCAUCAUCGUGUUGCGAGCUGACGGAAACCCUGGCAGCAUCACGUAUACUUGGACUAAAGAUGGCCAGCCUAUCACGCAGUCGUCGUACAGCAGUGCAAGCGACCGUAUAGUAUCUGAAGGCUCCAUGCUGAACAUCACGCGUCUCUCUCGUAACGAUGCCGGAGUAUACACCUGCGAAGCUGUCAACUCUCAGGGCGCCGCUACGGCCAACAUCAGCGUUUCAGUACAUUAUUCAGCCAGUGUAGUAUCAGUUAGUCAAAACGAAAUACGAAAUUCUGAGGAAGACGCCACACUAGCAUGCACUGCUACUGGUAACCCUCUCACUGCCGAACAUAUUCGAUGGGAGCGAAAAGACUACAACUUCAAAACAAGAACAUCUAGCAGUUUUGACUCGAAGAAUCUCACUAGUUAUUUAGUUAUAAAUCAAGCCACCAAAGAUGACGUAGGCAAUUUCGAAUGUGUUGUAAACAAUGGUAUAGGUGAAAGAGAGAGUAAGCAAGAAGUAAUGCUAGUAGUGAAGACUCAGCCUACGAUGGAUACAGCUCCGAAUUUGAGCAAGUCUGCUUCAAAUGUUGGACAAGUUGGAAGACUGAUUUGCAAGUGCAAAUCAGCUCCAGCACCAAAUUUCACUUGGUCCAAAAGCGGAGCGAAGUUACCAGUAAACACUUCAACCAAAUACUAUGCUGAAUACCACAAAAUCGACCCAGUGACGUACAUGUCCAUUCUUCUGAUUAACGACGUUUCUUCGUCAGAUUAUGGGUCUUAUGUAUGUGAUGCUAGAAACGAGCUGGGAUUUGAUACUGCGAAGGUUAAAUUGGAUAUCACUAGUGCACCAGAUCAAGUGAUGUCAAUAUCGGUGACAAACGUAACGUAUAACUCAGUAACUUUGGAAUGGGUGCCAGGGUUUGACGGUGGCCUUACUACUUGGUUUAGACUUAGAUAUCGCAAACCUUAUGAAGAAACAUAUAGAUACGAAGACGUAUCACCAAGGAACGCAACGUCGUAUACGAUUAGUGGACUGGAAAAGAAUACAGACUACGUUUUCUCCGUUAUGGCGCUUAACAAAAUAGGGCAGAGCAAAUAUAGGCCGGAUGAUACGAAAGCUACAACACUUACUUCUUCAGAAGUAGGCGAGUUGAACGUAGUGAGCACAGAAUACGUAGAAACGGCCGACGUGUCGAAGAGCGUAGUUGUCUAUGUGUCUAUCACCGGGGCACUUCUAGUCUUGGUUAAUGCUGCGUUAGUCGCUUGUUUUGUUUUUAAACGCCGAUCUAGACGGUUGAAAGAACAAGCCGGCCAAGCUUCAAAAUCAGCAACGAUAGAGAUGUACGCUCCAUCCUCCUACAACGACACUAUGACGGGAGAAACGCUAAGUUCUGUAUCCGAAAAGUCCGAAACGUAUUCACAAGAUGAGGGGAUGGAUGACAGGCAGCCACCGCCGAUACCUGAAGUGCCGAGUAUGCCGAACAGACAUAUGCUGCAGCAAACCGAGGCCUACCUAAUGGACGACCAAGGUUUAGUCAUCCCCCCACCAUUGGACUACCCCCCUCCGAACUAUGCCGUGUACGAAGGGGAUCAUGCUAGGACGCUGCCGCAUCCGCAUAGGCAUAAGGAUAUGAGUGGGCAUAGCACGCUUGGCCGUAGUGCAGGCAAGCAGAACUACGUCCCCGCACCGUCGCCCAUGCCACCGCUCGAUGGCUCCUACUACAACAUGGCUUCCGACCGCUACCUCUCUUACCCGCCUCUUAUCGGCGAGUACUUACAGCAACAGCAGAGUGGAAGAACUCCAACCCCCCCUCAGCAGUACGGAGCAGCACCACUUCAGAAGCACAUGCUGAACGGAAUGACUGGAUCACCGUCUCAUGUCGCAAGUCCACCUAUGAGCUAUGGAAUUGAUGUUCCCUUGGACCGGCAAUCCGCAGGCGGUACUUUGCGACGGCGAAACGAAAAAAUGGCCCCCGUGCCUCCACCAGACGUCACCGUACUACAUCCGGGGUGCAAUCAGCACCAGCUCUCCCAAACACCAGUGCCAAAGCAGCCACAGUCCAUCCUAAAAGACCCGUCGAGACACAAAUAUGGAAACCAGUACGGUAGCCCCAUAUCCUCGAGCACGCCCCAAAGCAACUCCAGUCAGAUCCUCACAGUGCAAAACCUCACCUCAGACGUACCACAAUACGGUACCAUUAGAAAAGAAAACAAAAAACAAAACGUUACUAUAGAUGAAUCGUAUAAUAAAAGAAGUGAAACGCACGUGGUAUAAAAUUAUAAAUAAGUGUUAGUGUUUGUGUAAAUACAGUUAGGUAAUGUAGAUAGACUUAAAAAUUUAUUCAAUGUGAUAAGUGUAGUUAGCGGACAGUAAGAGAUUUUGGUACGGUGGUACCUGGACUUUUGAACUUUGUUUCAAUGCGCCGAUAGGCACAAUCAACGUGAUAGGGCC